AGUAUAUUGCAUUUUCCAUUCGCACUAGUAGGGUCCGCUCUAGUCAGACUGAAAUUGCCAAGUUUAUUUGGACGAAGUCAACACGCGUUCUAUUUCUAAUCAGGGAAGCACUUUCUUCAUUGCAAGCACCCCAACUGCAGCACUAUACCAAGCAAAAAUGAAAAUGAUGCAAAAGUCCUCCGCCGCUCUUCUUCUGCUCGCCGUCACCGGCGCAAACCCAACACUCGCUGCGGACUGGCCAGCUUGUAUGGAGCAGAAUACCGUAAUCCGGAAUGCAGGAAAGGCUGUCUUUACGAACGUCGCAGGUAUUAUAGAUACAGAUUAGAUUUAGAAGUUGUCAUGGUGACGGUAAGCUUUCAUGUUGAUGCUUGAUCUAGGCAGCAGUAUCUGUAUCUGCUUUUUUUGUUUUUGCGUUGGAAAGCGCCCAUCCAUUCGUAUCAUCUUCGAAAAUAAGGUUAUGGUGCCGCCGCCGGCUGCUUUAUCGAUGACUGCAUCAAUACGGACAAAUUCGCGGUGUCUACUUUGGAGAACUGCAUUUCAGUCUGCAACUCGGUCCCAGAGUGCAACUGGUGGGUCUUUGGCGAGGAAGAGGGCAUGCAGAAGUGCUGGUAUAAUUAUCACGCCGCAGCGUAUAAGUACCUGUUGGGCGAGAAAUUCAAGUUAGCCUGCAUCUUCUAGAAGUCAUUUGUUCCCCCAGUUUUCCAAUCGGAUCAUGCAGCCUUGUGUGACUACUUGUUGUGCCCUCAGACUGCGCAUGCCCAUGCUCUUCCGAAUCAUGCACACCACGACCAAAAAUGAUCACAGGUUGCGCGAGGCCGACGACGGGCGCGAGGAGGGCGAGGGUUGGACCUCGGGAGCCAAGUCCUGCCAGCCCCCAGACACGGAGUCCCUGAUUCUGGGAAACACGGAGUGCUGGAUGGACGGCUUCGACUACUCCACCUGCUGCGACCCGAAGUUCGGCCCGAACGGAAACACCCAGUGCUGGGACGGCAUGUUCAACUUCAACCGGUGCUGCUUCCCGAGAAUGGAGUUGUAAGGACGGGAGGGCUCUUGUUAAAUUUUUGUUUUCAACAAUGACGAAGAUGAUCACAACUUCACCUGGACUUCUUGGAAUGAACUUCUUUUGACAACAAGCGACAACGUACGAGUGGACUGAAUCAACAGGAGUUUUUAGGUGACGUGAAGAUGAAAUGCAUUUGUACACACACUAGAAACGAAGUACAACUACAACAAUACGCUACCACUUUAUUUCGUUCUUCAGGCGACAAGACGACAAUUUUUCAGAAGAUCGUAAGAUUAGUUCUUUGUAAGCAACCGAAGAUUGUAAACCCUAACCGCAUGUAAACAAAAGCAAAACAGUCAUAUAGCAGUUUGUACUCGAAUAUAUUUGCAGUACAGCCUGAUUCAGGUAUCAGGUAUGUAUGUCUUACGUUAAUGUUUGUGCUGCAUCUUCAGGAAAUUUACCGCGAUUACGUAAUGCCGUCAAGUCAACGUACUUACAGCGAAUGUCAUGUAGAGAAAGCCAGGACAACGGCGUGGCUGCUGAGGUCGUAAACUUUGCAAAACAAGUUCGUCGGUUUUUUUUUUGUUCAACGGAUUUGGACCGAUCGAUACCUCAGGCUUUCGCAACAGUUUUUUGUCCCUUCGAGCAAAGAAUUAUACCCGAG